AUCCAGCUUCAACAAGUAACAUCACAUCUUCAUGUAUCUGUACACCACUCCCACUCCCCCAGAUUGAUUUGCAGCAAUUCAAACAUCACACUAUUUCAUUCAUAAGUAUUUUUACAUAUCACAUAGGAAUCUCGUUGGCAAUAUUGUUAAACAGCUUACAUCUGACUAAUAAAGUUCUCAUCCUACCACAGUAUCUAUAUUUUGUUGCUUCAAAACUUGAGUUUUUCAAUUACAUAUUGAAUGUGUAAAACUUACACGGCGAGGGGGACUGUGUGAGCUAGUUCUAUCCCUGUGAUUAAUCUAUUCUGUACACAAUGGCACCCAGGGUGUGGGAACGCCCCUCCUUUGGUCACCUAGUAACUUUUCACUGGUCAACAAGAAGCUGAAUAAACUAUUCUACUGCGAGAAAGUGCUUGGCUGGCUCACUUGGAUCAUCUCCUAGAUUUUAAGCGAAGUAACAUCGCCAAGUUUGAAUUUGCUAAACCUUUAGGCUUUGCUGGCAGAAAAGAAGCAUCCCACCCUUGGAACAUAAAUGGAUUCAGAGGACAUGGGCUCAGGUAAACUAGGCCAGAUAUUGAAACAGAUUUGGAGACAAAACCUGAUGCUAAAGCAGGCCCUCCUGGGUGAUAACCCUUGUGAAGGGUCUGGUGGGGCCACUUGGAUAGCCACAGUGGUCUUUCUGGGUCAAGAGCUCAGUGGGGCCCUUCACCAACUCUUGGAGCACACGGCAGGCACUCUGCACUCUACCUGCCAGCGGCUGUAUGUACUGCUUGACAAGGAGAAUCAAUGUAUCUGGAGACAAGAAAUCUCUACUUUCAUAGGCUGCCUCAUGAAAAUAAAUGAAUAUUUGGGGAGCACUGCUACACUUCUAAAGAAAGAAGAAAAAGAGAUGUGUAAUUUAUGCGGCAUGCAUGAUGAAUGUACCCCACUGCAGACAAUGUCCACCAUUCACGAUAUCAAAGCAGCAGACAUUGCUGCAAGAGGGGAACAAAAUGUCAUAGAAACAGCUACUGUUUCUCCCACAAAUGGAGAGCAAAGUCCUUAUACAAACCAGGUCCAGUUAAAAAAAAAUAAAGCACAUAUGAGUUCAGAAUUAGUGGGAAAAAAACAUAAUACCUCAUUGAAUGGAGAUGUACCAGAGCAAGGGGAGUCACAGAACAAAAUGUUCCCAGAUAAUGCUGAAAAUGAAGAUGAUAAACAAACAGAACACAUGACUGUUGAGAACAUAAAUGGCAACAGGGAAGAGAUGCAUGACAUAAUUCAGACAACAGAAAGAGAAAUUCAAGAGACCUCAGAAAGCCAAAGAGAAGAGAUUACCACAUCCUCAACAGCAUGUGAUAUCUCCAGCAAGUAUCUGAAUAGUCUUCUUUCCAAUGACUCAGAGAGUCUAAAGCAAAAAAGUAACAUAAUGGAAAAGGAGUAUUUUGAUAUGCUGAGUGAUAGCAACCCUCAAGUGUCUUGUUAUAUUACAGCACCAUCAUACAUUCUACAACAUCUAGAAUGCCGGGUCAUUAACAGCAUGAGUUCUUUAAUAGUGAAUGAUAAUGAAGAGUUGGUCAGUAAUGUCAUCGCUGUUGAAUGCUCAGAUAUGGAAAAAAAAAUUCCAUUUCCAAUAUGCAUUGCAAUUCCCUUUACUGCACGUUACAGGGGAAAUUACAGAGACAUCAUGGUGAAAGUGUCUGACAUAAACCUUCAAUCAAGUUACCUAACCCCAAAUUCACUGGAAGGAAUGAGAGGAACUUACAAGGGCACCUGUGCCGAAGUGAAAGUGUACAAAUUGGGUAUCUUUUCUGUUGUGUCUUGUUUAAAGAAAGAGUCCUUCAUGGUAACAAAGAAAGGCCUUACUCUUAAGCCAAGCAUGGAUUCCCGAGUGUCUUUAAAUUACCCUCCAGGAGUUUUCGGCUCACCAGUGCUGGUACAAUUAAAGGUCCAACCAGUUGACCCAUCCUUGGUGGCAUAUUUAAAAACACAGCAAGAUACUUCCUACCCAGUGGUAUCCACAAGCCCUCUGAUACAUGUUAAACACCCAUCAAUACAUCCUUUCCAGAAGCCAGUCACUGUAUUCCUACCUUGUUCUCCACACCCUGAUAAAAAGACUCUUGGGUCUGAGAUAGAUCAUAAAAGAACAGUUAGUGCCACAUCAAACAGGAUCAUACCUUUAUACCUCAGCCGGACAAAAAGUGCUUCCAUAAGAAAACCUGGGAACAAUGCCUGUGAAUCUCUGAAAUUACUGGGAUUCAGAAGCCGAGACAGUGGUUGGUUUGGGCUGGAUGAUGUGGUGGUGAGAGACAUGCAGAAUGGCUUAGUAUCAUUUGAAUUGUGUGAACAGUUAGAGAGGUUGAUUGUGCUUCAUCUUUCUUCCAACGUGGAAAAUAGCCAUUUGGUUUCUUUCGCGAAAGCCUUGGAAGAAGCCAUGCUCGGCACCACCGCCUGUGCUGUACUGUGCCCCCAGAAAGACCAUCCCCACAGAGUAGUUAUUCUUGUGGUGCCAUCUAAAGAUUUAAACCAGAUGCUUCGGAACUUGCGCUCAGAAGCGUUCAGUGGUCCUCCGGAGCCAUCGCGCCCCUUCCAAGUAAAAGAAGGAGACCAACUUCUUUUAAGAUUUACUGGAAAUAUCUUUGCUUCAAGCAAUGGUAAGGAUUAUGGAAAAGAUUACAAGCUUAUUUUUCAUUUGCAAAGAAAACCCAGGCUGGAACUCCAACUCAAAGAGGUGGAUGAAUUUGGAAACUAUAGCUGCCCUUAUUAUAAGGGCACCCUUGUAGUUUAUAAAAUUCCUAAAGAAGGUGUAGUCCACAACUUGGAUCAGUCUCUUACACUUGAUGAAAUCCAUUAUCAGUUGCCAGUUUGCAAAUUACCAUUGAAACUGCCAAAGCAUAAAAAAUUGAUCAACCGUCCACAGAGUACCAAAAGAAUUUCUACUGAUCCUGUAGGAGCCCUGUGGGACAACGUGCUGGCCUGGCUGGCCGAGGAGCUCUCCGAAGAAAACGCCGCGUGUCUCUCCUCGUCCCUCCCUCUUCGCCGCAGCACCAUUGAGGUCAUCAGACUGAAGAACCCUGGUGAUCUCACAGAACAGAUCCACGAACUUCUUUGCUUCUGGAAAAAAUCACUCCCAAAUUCCACCGAUAAAGCGCGCCUUCUGGCUCGUCACCUCCGCAAGAUCGGCAGGAGCGAUCUCGCCGAAGAGCUCAGAUUCAAGUGGGAAAAGAAGGUGUUCACGGAGCCCCAGCCGUGGUUUGAUACAGCCAAGUAACGCCAGCUUGCUCUUUCUUUUGCCCUAGAGAAGGGUCACUGUUGGUUUUAAGGUGGUUUCUGUCAACAUUUUACUAGCAAGUUUCCAAGUCAAGUUGUUUGAACUGCGUCUUUGAUAGAGGUGCUAUUUGAGAGAGGCGGAAAAGCACUAAUCAGAUCAUAAAAAGCAUUCUUGGGUUUGAGGGCUCCUUCAUGGUUCAGAGAUGUACGUUCUGCAAGAAUUAUUGUCUUGAGUUCAGCCGAGUUUAAUAGCAUUUGUAAUAGAGUUUGCUGUGUUUC